AGAAGUGUCAGACGCAGGACUGGAAACUCAGCGCUAAUGCCAUCAUCACCACCCAAACACUAAAAACACGACUCGGCUGACCUGUCAGUUACUUUAUUAUUUGCCUUUCAGCCAUGGGACCUCGACUUAAAUUACGAAAACAACACUGCUGGUGCAUCUCGACUGGGAAUAUAACCUGUUUUCCUCCUCAAAGCUCUGCGUGCGGAAAGAAAACAGUCCGCUGAAGUCGUUGAGCGCGAAACAAACCGUGGGCUGGAAAAAUGUGAUUCAGGAAAUUCAGGCGUAGUUUCGCUCGUCCGGUUGUUUACACAUUUUUUUUUCGGACGAGGUCUCUGCUUGUAUAAAGUACAUUUUCAGUGAUCGCUGUUGUUUUGGGAUCAUACUAGCUAACUGGGUUGGAUAGUGACACGUUGCGCGCUAAGCUAAUUUAGCAUUUAACUCGGGUGAUUUAGACGCACAGUAAUCCGUUUAGAAUACGUUGCAGGUUUAAAAGACGCACAAAUCUACAUACAAAACACGGGAAAUACAGUUAAAGUCAACCUGAAUGAUUUGCUAAAGUCGUGGUGGGACUGUGUAGUUUUGCCUGGCCUGAUUUGGGAUCAAUUAGAGCUGAAGCAUCUCGUUAAUUUCACGUUUUCUCUUGGGAUGACUACUGACGGGUGCAGGAGAUGACCUGUAAGUGAGCUAAUCAGCCUGCCGUGUGUUAGUAGAGGAUCAUGAUGGCUCAGCAGGAGAACGGACGUCUGUUUGAGGAUACUUUGAGUGUGAUGACUCUGGGCAGUCAGUUUGAUGAGGAGAGCUCUUUCGGAUCCGACUCUGAAAUCAACGGCUUCACCAGCUCGAGACAAACUGACAAGUAUGGAUUCAUCGGAGGAGCCCAGCAGUAUUCUUCCGAAUCGGCUCAAGAAGUGCCUCUGGAAGUGUUGAGGCACAGGGAAGCCAAAUGGUUGGAUAUGCUGAACCACUGGGACAAAUGGAUCAGUAAAAGGUUCAAGAAGGUGCGACUGCGAUGUCAGAAAGGAAUCCCACCUUCGUUGCGAGGCAGAGCCUGGCUCUACCUGUCAGGCGGAAAAGUGAAAAGAGAACAAAACAGCCGAAAGUUCGAGGAGUUGGACAGCAUGGAUGGAGACCCUAAGUGGGUUGAUGUGAUAGAAAGAGAUCUACACAGACAGUUCCCCUUCCAUGAGAUGUUUGUGUCCCGAGGAGGUCAUGGGCAGCAGGACCUGUUCCGGGUGUUGAAGGCUUACACCCUGUACAGACCGGAUGAGGGUUACUGCCAGGCUCAGGCUCCUAUAGCAGCAGUGCUUCUGAUGCACAUGCCUGCUGAGGAUGCAUUUUGGGGGCUGGUUCAGAUUUGUGAGAAGUACCUCCCUGGAUAUUACAGCGCAGGCCUGGAGGCCAUACAGUUGGAUGGAGAGAUCUUAAAUGCGUUAUUAAAGCGCGUAUGCCCUCCUGCAUAUCGCCACCUUGAGAAACACAAGAUAGAGCCCAUCCUCUACAUGACGGAGUGGUUCAUGUGUGCAUUUUCCAGAACUCUACCCUGGUCGUCUGUUCUCAGAGUGUGGGACAUGUUCCUGUGUGAUGGAGUGAAGAUAAUGUUCCGUGUUGGACUGGUGUUGCUGAAAUGCAUGCUGGGAUCUCGUGAGAAACUGAAGGCUUGUCCUGGUCAGUAUGAGACUAUGGAGCUUCUCAGGGCCCUGGAGCCACGAUACUUGCAGGAGGGGUUUCUCAUACAUCAGGUAUUAGAGCUGCCCAUAUCUGCUCGGGACGUCGAGCGAGAGCACCGCAUGCAGCUCAAGCGCUGGCGGAAAACUCACGGCGAGCUCAGCUACAAGUCCCCUCCCAGAAUGCACGGCACUCGGGCCAUCAUGUCUGCAGAGCCACACACCCGCCAAGACCUCCGCCAGAAGCCCACCAUCGUCGUCCACUAUCCGGUGCCCUCAGACACUAAAUCCGAAUUCGCUCGCGUCAAGAAGAGAAGCACUAUCCGAAAAGCCUCCAAUCCCACACUGGACAUCCCAAACCCAUAUGCCCUGCCAACAGACCCCAAACCAGCCUCUCUUAAUAAUCAAACACAAGAGACAACCUCAAACAAUCAGUCCAACCAUCCUCCUCCAUCACUACAGCAAUCCCUCCUCACUACACCCGAAAAGACACCUUCUGAUCCACCAGCCUCUGUCGUCCCACCCCCACAUCCACCUCAACCACCCCAAACCCAACCGUCUGCAAAUCUCUCUCGCACACCACCACCUCCCCAACCUUCACCAAAACCCAAACCCGCACAUCCGACUGAAAUCCCUCACUCCUCCAACCCUGCAGUCACCAUCCAACCACUUUCUCUGCCUAAAGACUCAAGCAACACCAACAACUCAGCCCAGCUGACAGAUCCUCCACCCACUACAGACUCCACUCCGCUUCUUCCAGAAGACACACCUGUGAAUGGCAACUCAGUCGCUGCUCCCAGAGUUCCUGUUUUACAGAUCUCAUGUGAGAGUGUGGGUUCAGAGGACACGUACCUGUAGCUCUCCAGGUCAGCAUUCAGGGAGAAAACAGUAUUGGGAACCAGCAUUAUGCAUGAGAACAAGAUGGGAGGAAAAACUAUGAAUGUAUUUAGAUUUUCUUUGGGUGAAAAGAAAAUCUGGGUGGUUUUGGAGGUGACAAGGAUCCUUGCCGUCAGUAUCUUGCGCCCAUCAGUGUGAAGAAUUCAGGAAUAUAUAAAGCUUAAUGACAAGGAUUAAAUGACUUAAAGACCUCCACGACUUCAUUUUGGUGUUCAUGCACACAAACCUCCUUUUUUCUCUGUGCUGGUCCAUAAUUGACUCCACAGUCUCUGUGUUACAAUGUUAAAAAAAUCAGACUAUUAGAUCUUCCAUUAUUCCUCAAUCAUAAGCAGAAAAGACUUCAUAAUCAAAUAUGUUUGGCUAGUAAUUGUGUUAUUCGCUGCUUACCAAUAUUAGGUCACUUUGCAAGACUUGAUAAUGUAUGACUCUCCAGUCUUAACAGUUUUACAUUUACUUACAACUGCCACUAUUAAACUUUUUUUUUUUUCACUAAAUCGUUUAAUGUAUAACUGUCAUAAUAAGCGCAAAGGAGCAUUUCUUGUUUCAACAUAAUGUCUGUUACCAGUAGCUACAUAUACACUCACAUCUGAGUGAAAUUUAAAAAAAAUAUAUAUAUUUUUGAAGAUAAUCUUUCUUAGAAGCAAUUUAAGUGGAAGCAUCCUUAUUAAACUUUACUCUGUGAAAAACAUUUUAUCUUUAGGUGUAUGAAAGCUUGACACUGGGGCAGUACCUUUCAAAUUACAAAUUUGUACCAUUAAAAGGUGCAUAUUAGUACCUUUGAGAACCAUUUCGGUUUAAAUAAGGUACAAAUUUGUCCAAUUAAGGAUGCUUCUCCAGUGACAAGCUGUACAUUUUUUCACACUUUUUUGUGUUUUU